GUGAAUGGGUGAGGGAAGCGAGAGAGCAGGGCGGUCGUUCGUCGUUCGUUCGUUCGUAUGUACGUUCGUUCGUUCGUACGUUCGUUCGUUCGUUCGUCAAUCCUUUUUCGCGAACAUGUUUCGUUUAAAGAAUCAAUCCUGUGUAUUUGAUUAAUUCAAGGAUUUUUCAUAAUCUCCGAUCGUCUAUCGAACGAGUCAGAAAAAAGAAACGUUCGCCGGUUCUUUCAAAGAAAAAUUGUACGUACGUCACAACUGGAGAAAGAGAGAGAGAGAGAGAAAAGAAAGGGUUUUUUUUCUGCAAGACAACAGACAGGAUCGAGAAACGAGCAAUAUAUCGGAGAAAGGACUAAAGACGCAGAAAUUAAGCCUGGUAUGAUAAAUGGUGGCGACCAGCAGCAUGGUGUAUGAGGAGAUAGUUGGAAUAAGGGGCAGCUGACCUCAGCCGCCGCGCACGCUCUUUACGCGCGAGAUGCCCCACAAUCUGAACUCGGCUUCCGCCAACUCCGCCAACACGGGACCGAAUCAUCAGGCUUAUCCUCACCAGCCUUAUCACCGAAAUGGGGAUGGACUUCAGCCAGAGAAAGAACCGGUUGAAUUCGACACGUCGCAUCUACGUGGUGCACCUGCCGAAGUGGAGGCAUUGGUACACAAUAUCAAAGACGUUGCACAACAAUUUCUUUAUCAUUGGAAGACAUUUCCCAUUGUCUUACCACCUCCACUUUCGACGGGUACGGAAGGUGAGGACACACUCGCACGAAAGAAACAUCACUUGAGGGAUCUUUUCGUAGCACCAAGUUUCGACGAAUUGGAUGCAGUUGCAGUUGAUAGCAAAGGAGAACCCCGAAGGCUCACUAAUAAACAAUUAGAAAGCAUCAGAGAAAGAGGCUUGCACAAGGAUAAAUACGGAAAGCCGAAGAAGCUGAAUGCCACUCAGUUGGAGAGCAUUCGAAAAUGCGGGGAAUUUGAAGUGGAUUCAAUCAAUUUUGCUGGCCAGAUACAUCGAUGGCGAUUAAGUGCUCUUCUUCAACGUGGAAGAGACAGAAGGCGCGAAGCAUUACUCAGAGAUCUUGCCUUAGCUACUAGAUUUCUUGUAGUAACAGCAAAAGCUAGAUUAAUAUCCCAUUGCUUCAGUGUUUCACAAUCUUUUAAAGCAUUCUUAACAGGAUUUUUACGUCUUCUUGAUAUAAUAAUAGGUGUGCCAUCUCUGCAAGCACAUAAUUUAGAUGCCAAAAUUAGAGAAGAACGUUGUCGAUAUUUAGUCGCAGAAUUAGUAUGCAGACCGGAGUAUGAAGAUUCAUUGGAACUACUUUGUGGAUUUGUGAGGAAGCAACUGCGCCGAGCAACAAUGGAAAAAUUCGAGGUGGAACGUGAAUCAUCUCAGUUAUUACCUGUUCCAAUUCCUUUUGUGUUUGGUACACCUGGUGGAGCUGCAGUUGACCUGAGAUUAUUUAGCAGAGACAUUAUCAGAAAGGCUUUACCAAUACUAGUCUCGAUUUUAGAGAGAGAAACUCGUGGCUGGUUUCUUCAUUUUAGGGAAAGACUGAUAUCAGAAUUAAGAGCACAGAAAAAGCCAGACGAGGAAAUAGAAAGAGAAGUUAAUGAAGCGGUAAUGAGGGAAUAUUUACAAAGAGUAUAUACCAACAUCUUGUCGCAUCCGGAUAUACUUGGACUCGGUGAAGGUAUUGCACAACUUCUAGUUCAACAAGCGCAAUCGGUUGUAUUGAUGCACAGAGCGAUUGAAAAUGUACAACGAAAGUUGUUGCAAACGAAGGAGUCUUUAAGACGUCGUAUUGAACUAGAACAUCCGGUUUUAUCACGAAUACAACCAUGGAUGCGAGAUCGUAUGAGAGAAGCUGAAGACAAUUUUAUAGAGGAAUGCGAAUGGUGUGCGCACGAAGAAGGUCUUACAUUAUGCAGUCAUCAAAAUUUACAACAAACUUGUUACUUUCUCAAUCGUGAUUUAGUUUUUAUGAAAGAGAGAGAACCAGUUUUACUAAAAGAAUUACGCAAAGUUAAGACACCGACAAGGAGCUUCCAAUGGCCGACACAAAUAUGGCUUCCAAAAAAUUGGAUAAUAAGACGAAAUUUUCAAGGUCAAUCUGAAAUCAUUCCAACAGUAUUAAGCAAUACACCAACAUCCAUUACAACACCACGCGCAGAUCCAAGUCAACCUGUUUUCUUAGUUGAAAGAGAAAUUGUACGUACAACGACAACUAGGUGGCCAAUGUGGCGUUGGAUAAAUUACAUAGCAAGAACAUGGUGUUGGACUUGGAAUGCGAUGUUUCUCUUGGGAGUAGCAGUUCCAUGGUACAGUCCAGUAUCUAUCCGUGCUUUGUUACUUGUGCAACCUUUUACUCCUGAUUUAGAAUUAAGCCAAGUUAAUGGAACAUUAUUUCCACGAAAAUCUUCACAAAUGCCUACUCUCUGCUCUCGAUUAGUAGCACUGUGGAGGCAUAUCAGUAAAAGUCGAACUCAUUUUGAAACAGAACCUGAUACAGGAUUUAUUGGCAAGGGAAUGACAAGACAUUUAAAUAGGCUAUGGAAUUAUGGUGCCAAAGGCCUUUUAGGAACGCUUGUUAUAUUAUUUGUUUUUCCUGUCGUAUGUAUACUUGCAAGUUUUGGAUCUCUGCUUAUUGCACUCACUGCAAUUAUGUGGAUGCCUUUAAUUACCUUAACGUUACAUGCUUUCAUGGCACUUAUAAUGGAUUUAGAUAGUCCAGAACCAAGUCGCAAUCGCUAUUUAGUUGUAAUGGAAGCAUUGGUUUGGAAUAUUGGUAUACAAGGAUGUUUACAACCAAUAGCAGCUUUAAUUGUAGCUCUCUUUGUAUGCCCUAUUAUUUCUUUUGUGAUACUUACUGUUGCUGUAAUACGUUAUUGCAUUAGAGUAGUAUGGGAUACAGCCAUGUUUCAUUUGGUAAUCAAAAAUAGAGGACGAAUUCCUGCUAGUGACAGUUUUGUAGUCAAAAGAAUAGCAGGACCGGGAUUAGCAUCGGAUUAUUAUUAUCAAAUAAGACCUGAACAAGCAUUGGCCGCGUUUGAAGCUAAAUUAGAGCUGGAUGAAUUAUUAGCUUUUCAACAAGAAACGGAGAGAUUAAUAACUCAACCGCAAAGAGAUUUUAGCCAGUUCGUAGAAGCUUGCUUUGGCCCUUUUGCAGCUGGUCUUGCAAAAAUAAGAGAUCCGUACAAGUCGCUUGAGAAAGAAGCUAGAGAUCUUAUCGCUGUUCUGCAUGAAAAAUUAGAACGACGAAGGAAAAACUUACAAACUGGACUCGGUGUGGCCGUAAGAAGCAAGAUAAAACUUACAACAUUUGAUUUGAAGGUAGUUAUACAACAAGGUGCACUGAUGUUAGAAAGACUUUAUCCAUUACACGUUUUUGCCCGUCUACCGGGAAACGAAGAGGACUUUUGGGAAAAUAAAGGAUUGGGUGUUGGUGAUUGGGCAGGUUUAGCAGGGCUUAUGUACGCCGAUAUAUUUAGUUUGGAUUUUCUUCAACCCCUCGAUGAUUCAGAUACAAAAUUCAGAUUAGAACCACAUCCGGGUGUUGAUUUGUCACGAUACACAGAUAUGGUUCAUAGUACAGAGUUAGGUGGUAUUAACGGGCCUGAUUUAUUGGGUGCAGUGUAUGCACCACGUGGAAAUAUCCAAGUACAUAGCCCGUAUCUGGAAGUUUCAGCAUUUAAUCCACGAGCUAAGCAAGCCAGUAAUAGCAAGAAAUCUGAUAAACGAUGCGACACUAACGGUUUAUUAACAUCUACUAAAGUAAGAAGGCGUACAGUUUCAGCAAAUGGUAGUGUAGAUGGACGAUGGCAACCAUGGAAACGUCAGCUUCGACCAUAUAGUGCUGAGAAAUUAGUAAUUCCACUUCCUAUUCCACAUCCGGCACAUAUAGCUAUUACCAUUCAUAAUCGUGAUUCUGAGGAUCCAAUUCCAUUAGAUUCAGAGCUCUGUCAAAAUAUUUUACGAGCUAUUGAAGAAUCACCGGGUGAAAUGGCUACGGAAUGUGUAAGCCGUUACAGAGGUGGAGGAGAUUCUAGUUUUGAUUCCGUUGCAUCACAAUCUUCUGUCUCUAUUGAGACAGGUUUGGAUAAAGACAAUGAUGAAACUCAAGAGACUGCAAAUAACGAUAAGGAGGGUGAAAAUUAUCAUUGGACUCUUUCAAAUUGGGGUGGCGGUGUGACAAGAAGAAGAAAUAAUUCUGGAUCCAUUAAAGUUGAUUUAGCUUCCCCGGAAGAUGUUACUUUGGAUACGGACACAACCAGAGUAAUGUUUAGUACAUAUGGAACAACUGUGUAACGUACAUCUCUUAAUUGUAUCAGGUAAUGUAUUUGCGACUUAAAAACUUUUCAUUCUUUGAAAAACUAGGGAGAUGUGAAUUUUAAAUUUAUCAAUUUUGCCUAAUAUUUCUGUAGAUUAUAUCAAUGACAAGCAAAAUAAUUAGAAUGACUGUUGAUCUGCCACCAUAAGUCUAGAAAUCAAUUUUAUUAUGAGUUUUCUUUACAUAUUCUUAUUCUGACUACGAAUAUAAUAUAUAUAUAUAUAUAUAUUAAAAAAUGAUUUAUGAGUAUGCACGAACAAUAUACACGAUUAUGACAACUUCUCAAUAAAAUUCAAUGCAUUGAUUAAUAAAAUGAUAAAAAUCAAAUAAAAGCAAAGUGUUAGUGACAACUUGAUGGUAAUGAUAUAUUUAAAUUAUAUAAUUAUCAAUGGUUAGCCUAUAUAAAACAAUAUAAACACCAAUCAACAAUAUAAUAAUAUUUCUGCACCAUAUUAUCUUCAAUUUUUUUUCUUCAUUACAAUUUACUUUUCUGUAUAUUUAUUUCGACAAGUAAUUGUUGAAAAAUAAUUGAUAACAUUAAAGCUUAUAUGCUAUAAUGUAUUCUCUAUGCCUAAUAAUACAUUCUAAACGUAUAUAAAAAUGUAUUAUAGCAUAUUUAAUGAUUUUAUAGAAUAUCUUUAUAUAAUAGUGUAUCUUUAUCUUAUCUUCAAGUUAAACAUUUCUAAUAGUCAACAGAGUGGUAGAUAUUUAAACCUCAUUGCAAAGUCUGGGAUGCCAUUAUAGAUUUGUAAUAAUAACAAACACAAGUAGUGAACAAAAUAAAAAAAAAAUGUUCACACCGUUCGAAUAUGUUAAAUUGAAUUAUCAAUGAAAAUUUAACUUGAAAUUAUAUUUAGAAAAAAUAACUCUCUCGUAUUUACAUAUUGUAUAUAGAUAGACAAUUGUAUAAAUGAACUCGUUAACGUACAUAGUUCACCAUAUGUAUUUUCUUGUUAUUUACUCUAUAUUAGAAUGAAUUCUAUUAAAUAUGUGAAAGUGUGCUCUUAUGAACAUAAUAUACUUACUUUUAGUAGUUGUUCUAUUGAUUUUGACAUAAUCUCACUUUAUAAGCCAUUCCAUUAAACUUGCUUAUUCUCAAAAAAUAUAUAAGAGUAAUGAUUCUAUAUAUAUAUAUAAUAUAUAUAUAUAUAUUUGUAUACACUAUGUACUUAUGAAUGGAAUUUUUUAAAAUGUCAACAAUAUAUCAAACUAUUGUCAUUUUAUCGAUAAAAUUUUUUAUUGGUGCCUCUCUUUGAUUGAAUUUUCGUUUAAAAUACAUUAAAAAAAAAGUCUAUUAAAAAUAUUGCUAAUUAUUACAAAAUCAACAGGCAAAUAAAAUAAAUAUUCACUUUAUUAAUAUGUAACGUUAACAUAAGCUGUGUUUAUCGAGCUAUUGAAAUCACAGUAUUUUUAAGUAGAUCAAAAAAUAAAAUAAAUCUUGGUUAAAAAGAAUAAAUAAAAUAAAGGACAAAAGAAAAAAGGUGAGCAUGAAAUAAAUAAUUACCAGAAUGUAAAAUUUCUAGAUAAAUAUGCUGCCCAUUUGAAAAUAUAAAGUGUAUACAAGUUUGAAAUUCUUUGAACAAUAUAUAUAUUAUUAAUAUUUGUAAAAGAAUAGACAAAUUUUGAAUAUUAAUACAUGAAAAAAAAAAUUAUCUUAUAUUAUACAAACAGAGCCUUAAAAUAAUUUCUCAUCAAUUCAGUUUUCUGUCAUGUUUAAUCCAACUUACUCUUGAUAUUAAAAAGAAACAAAAAAAAAAAAAAGAAAAAUACGUUUAGCUAAUAUAAUUCAGAUAUAAAAUUUGAUUGUCCUAUUCUGAAUGUAAGAUCAUGAGAGAUCUUUAAAUAUAAAUAUUAAAAAUAUGAAAUCAUUAAUAAUUACCAUAUAACUGCCUUUUUGGAAGUCUUAUUUGUUACAAAACUACAAAUAGUUUUAGAUUUUUCAUUAAGAAAAUUCUACUUAUAUGAAAUAAAUAAUUCACGAAAAGUAUUCCUUAAUAAUCCAUCCAAAACUAAAAAAAUUUAAUGAAUUAUUAUCACGUGUUGAUUUUAGUAAUGUCAAUGUUUAUUAUCAAUGUGCUAUAAAAUACAAAAUGAUGCUCGAAGAGAUUGCGGUUGCUAGUUUUAAUCGAAAUAAUUAUACUUUUUUUCUGAGAUGAAUAUUUUUUUUUAAACUCUUAUUUCGAUAUCUCUUCAUAAUUUAUUUCAAAAUAUUUAUUUUAUCGUAAUAUAUAAUUAUGCAAAUUAUAUAUUCUAAUUUCUUUAGAAUAAUAAAUUGAUUGAAAAAUUGCCCGAAUAUAUUUUAUCUUCAUCUUUCAUUAUUUUUAUAUAUAACAUUUUAUAUGAAAAUUAAUUUAACGAAACUAGAUACUAAGAUUUUAUUCGGUAUCGUAAAUAUUGAUAUCUGUACAGUUGCUUAAUGUCAUUAUGCAUUCAUUCAGAUAUGUGCUUGAUAUCAAUAUAAUUUUGAAAGUAUUAUGUACAAAAAAAGAUUUACUAAAAUCAGAUAAAAAAAAAUUAUUUACAAUAUAUUAAAAAUAAUAGCUCGAUGGAAUACAGAUACUAAUAUCAAUAUACAUGAUAUGAUAAAAUGCCAAUAAUUUUUUAUUUAACAUUGAAUAGUCUUUCUGAUUAAAUUGCAUUUAAUAUAGAUGUGUCCAAACACUUUGCACGAAUAGAAUUUUACUGCGUAAGUCCAAAUACUCCUUGAAUGAUAUUAUAGAAUAAAUUUCAUGUAUAAAUACAUAAAUAUCAAAUUGUGAUGCGUGCAUAAUAUUGUAUACUCUGUAGAAGUUUUCAAACUGGUAAUAGAAAUAUAAUAGAAAUGACUUUAGUGCUAAAUGUAAGACAACAAAUUUAUUCUUCAAUAUCAUCUUACCUUUGGUAAGAAGUUAAUCAGCUUACAAAUUUUAUUAUCAAAUUUAUUUGAUACUUGCAUACACAAUUUUUAUUUUUCAUUUCUUAUGACAUUAGUAUGCAAGUAAGUGCAAAGUAAAACAACCAUUACCAUUCUGUCGUGCUAAUGCAAUGCAGAAUCCAUGAACAUAUUAAUGAAAAUAAUAUAAGCAAGAAAGCUGUAGAAAAUGAUGAUUCAAAUGGAUUGUACGUACUCAGCAGAUUGUAGUGGAUUGUAGCAAAUUAAUCAAACUCCAAAUAAGUGAAACAAAUAUGCAUUAUUUUCUUAUAUCUUAAAAAAUGUUGUAUCCUAAUCUGAUAAAUCUUUAUUAUUUUA